AAUAAUAUAUUUUUCAAAUCAAAAAGCUCUGUUUUGUCAGCCAUGGAUAAAAAAGGGCGGAGAACUUGUAAAAGCGCCAAACGCGGUACGGCGGCAUUGACGCACACUUACAAGCAUAACCUCAAAAUGUGACUCGUUCAAUUUUGUUAAACUUAAAUUUUGGAUAAACAUUAAAAAGUUUCGUGGAAAAAAUUGCGAUCAAUUGUAAAAAAUGGAGAGAAACGAAGAGGACUGGGCGGUCGAGUGCUCGGACGACGAGAAAUAUGAGGUCGAUCCAAAGAACGGAUGGGUGCACAAGGCAGAAGAUAUAUCUUCUCUGAUAGAGGGUCUAGAGAGCAACAAUCGAGUAUUGGAGCUGGAGUGGAAGUGUCCAGGCAGGCGAGAACCAUCUCCUGUGACUAUGAAGAAUCAUCAGCAGGAUCCAAUGAGUGAAUUCAAGCCAAAAGAAAAGUCAGAUUUUGACUUUAUGGAUGAAAUGUCUUCUCCAAGAUUGCCAGUCAGAAGAGCUGGAGAGAGUACUCCAAAAGGAAGUGCCAAAAAGAAAACGGCUAGUUUUAACGGAGUGUUGUCAACAAUGCUUCGCCAUCGCAGAUUAGAGCAGCAGGAGAUCAAUUCGAGUCCCAAAAAGACGGAACCAAGUUCGCCGGGAAUGAAGUCAUAGAACUGACUCACGUCUGUGUGAAAAAGUGACAGUUGGGUAAAGUGAACAAUGAAAAACUGAACUGAUUACCAGUUAACCUUUUGAUUUCUACAAAUACAAAUAUUCUUUUUAGUUUUUUUAUAGUCUAUAUUCGAGAUUCAAGACUAUGAUUACCUGUAAAGGGUAUUGAUCAACUAUCCUCUGUGAGGAUACAGAGUAAUAAUUAUCUGCAUACGACAAGAGAUUUUUUAUCUUUGUCAAUAUAAUUUUAGAUACACAAUAGAUUCUCUAAGAUAUAAGACACAUGUUGUGUGUUAAAAGCUAACUGUAAUGUAUGCAAUAUUGUAAAUGUUUAUUUUUUAAGGUUUUGUUUUCUUUUUGCAAAGAUUACAAAAAAAUAUUAACUUUCUUGGGUAGAAAAAAAAAUAGCAUUGAAAAGUUAAUAAACUCUAUUUUUACCGGAAUUAAAGUACUACGUGAAAAACUGAAACGCGAUGUAGGCUUACGACUUAAGUUAGCAAACGUGGCCUCCAACCAAUUUGUUGUCUGGCCUGGCCCAGUCGGGAAAGUCCUUUAUUUUGUACACGUAGGCGCCCCAGGUCGGGAACAUGGCGAUGACGACGAAAAAACUGUAAAUCGCGGGUCCGCAGCCGCCGAGCAUGAGACUCUUCACCGGCAGUUCACCGGUCACGGUGAUGAUGGCGUUCGGUGGCGUUCCGACCGGAAGUCGAAAAGCGUACGAGCACAUGAGCGCCGACGGGAUCAUCACGUACAAGGGAUGUAUCUGUACUGCCACGCUCUGAGUGACGUAAUUUUUUUCGUAAACUGAUUAGUCUAGAGACGCUUUUUGUUAAUAUAUAAUUAGGUACGGUAUACGGACUAGUCGUAAGUCAGAGUCUUUAUAUGUUGUUACUCGUAAAGAAUCUAAAUUUAAAUGAAGCUAUAAUGCCUUUGUACUGUUUAUCUCUAAGUUUAGACGAAUGAGCGACGGAGAACGUAAAAAAAAUCAUUCGGGUACAUACAUAGUUUGGUAUUUAUAUACGACAAAAUUUAUAAUAUAUUAUGGUCUACUACUUUAUAAAGAUUAUCUUCUAUAUUAGUGUAACUCGUAUUGAAUGUAUAGUAAAAGUAUACCGUACUGUUAAAUAUGGGCAAAAAAUCAUUACCAUUUGAGCGAUGACCGGUAGCAUGAUGUUGGCUAUUCCAAUGUUCGACGUGAAUUCCGUGAUUGUACCAGUGAAGAGGCAAGUUAUACAGAGGAUUAAAAAAGGCGGCAGUUCCUUCAGCGGAGACAGCGAUUCUCCUAUUCUCUUCGACAGACAAGACUCGUUGCUACCCUUGGAGAUAGCAAAGCCACCGCCCAGCAGAAACAUCAGGCUCCAGGGCAUCUUGCUCUCGAUGGCUUUCCACGUGAUCAAACCCUCCGACGACCUCGUGGGUCUUUUGUUGGCUGAAAUUAAUUUUUUUCUUGUUCUGUUUUAUGCUUCGUUCUACUUAUCUUCUUUGUCCGGCGAUUUAUAUUUAUUUUUGUGACACAUGCACGAUUUCUGCGUUUUUUCACCUAAAAAGCGAGCUUAUAAAGUGACCUUUUUCGGGACGACUGGAAUCAAGGGGGCAAAUAAAACUUAGAAAUACUUAUAUACUAUACACAUAUAAUGUAUUUGUAUGUGUAUAUGUAUAUUUGUAGGCUUAAAAAACGCAGAAAUCAGUACAUGCGUUACAAAAAAUAUGGCGUGCACCGAAGGCUAAGCGGGCUUUUUGAUCUCGUGUGACACUCGGUUGAAAAAAGUUCACUUUACGCCCUUGGUACACGAUAUACUAUUAAAAAAAAAAAAAAAAAAAAAAAAAAUGUGGACCAAGUGCUAUGAUAUAUACGUGUAACGACGAUUUAUUUUUGUUCGGCAAUAGAGGCGAAAGCGCGAAAGCCACUGACACGAGCUGCCUUAUUCGCGGGCAUUCAAAGGCUUUGCGAGAGCAAAACCGUGUUCGCGAUUUUGGCGGCGGUAUAUUUACUUAUCUGCUUUGUACAAUCGUUCAUUGACUGUAUUGAUUUUGGCUCAGUACUGCAUACAUUAAAAGGAUAAUAGUGUUUAACAA